GCCGCCCUCCGGGCGUGCGGGGUGCACAACGUGUGCCGCCUCCUCAGCCGCAGGGCCCACGGCUUCUACGCCAGAGAUGCUGGUGUGGCCCACAGGAAGAACCUGGGACUCCUGAGGAGGAUCAUGUGUCAGGAAAGUACUAAAUUCAAGAAUGUUUGGACAACUCAUUCUGCAUCUCCUAUUGCAUAUGAAAGAGGAAGAAUUUACAUGGACAAUUACCAAUGCUGUAUUACCAGCAUUGCGCAGCAGCCAAGACUAAUUUAUCAAAAGGCAAAGUGUACCGCCAAGUCUGAAAAAAUAGAAGAUGCUUUAUUAUUGGAAUGCCCAUUGGGGGAAAUGCUACCAAGUCCAUCAGAUUAUAAACCUUCCCUGAUAGUCCUGACAGCGCAGAACUGGCUUCUACGUCUCUCUGCUGAUAGUGGAGAAGUACUGGAAAAAGUGUAUCUUGCUGGUUCCUGUUGCAAAUUCUUCAGGUAUCUGAGCUGGGAUACUCCUCAAGAGGUAAUGAUUGUAAAGUCAGCUCAGAAUAAGCUCCCUGCAGCAGCACGGCAGGCAGGAAUCCAACAGAAUGUAUUGUUUUAUCUUGCUGUAUUCCAAGUUUUGCCUCUUUCAUUCAUUGGAAUGCUGGAAAUAAACAAAAAGAUUUUUGGUAAUAGUGUGACAGAUGUUGCUGUUUCUAAUGGAAUCCUGAUUGUAAUGUAUAGCAUGGGUCUGGUCAGACUCUAUAACUUCAAGGCCAUUUUGGAACAGUUCAUGGAACAACCAUUUGAGUUGGGACAAGAAUUCAACUGGAAUGGUCAGGUGGGAUCUGUAGGAAGGUUUCCAUAUGGUCUUCCAUGUAACAUUAAAAUAACAGAUACCCCACCUUUGCUAUUUGAAGCAUCUUCUCUGGAGAAUGCAUUUCAAAUUGGAGGUUACCCCUGGCAUUAUAUCAUCACACCAAACAAGAAAAAACAUAAAGGAGUCUUCCAUAUUUGUUCUCUGAAAGACAAUGCUUUGGCAAAAAAUGGCGUACAGGAUAUGAAAUGCUGUUCACUUGAACCUGACUGGAUAUAUUUCCAUCCAGAUAUGUCAGGUAGAAUAAUCCACGUGGGACCAAAUUUGAUAAAAGUCUUAAAGCUUAAGGAAGUUAAGAAUCAUGCAGAUCAGAUGGAGAUUGCAGAAGAUUUUACGAUUGUAGCCAACAGAGAAAACUGUGUGAACAACAAUGUUACUGUAACAGCUUCUGGUCGAGUGGUGAAGAAGCGGUUCACCUUGCUGGAUGAUGACCCGGAACAAGAGACAUUCAAAAUUGUGGACUAUGAAGAUGAACUGGAUUUACUAUCCACUGUGGCAGUUACUCAGAUAGGAGCUGAUGGAAGAGCUCACCUUGACUUUCAUUGCAAUGAACAUGGAAUUCUACUUAAGAGUAUUCCAUUAAAGGAGUCCUGGGAUGUGACUUACAGUCAUGAAGUUUACUUUGACAAAGACCUCGUACUGCAUAUAGAACAGAAGCCUAAUAGAAGAUUCAGUUGUUAUGUUUACCAAAUGGUAUGUGAUACUGCAAGAGAUGAUGAUCCUUAAUACUUUACAAAAAAGCAGGAAGUGUUUAGUAAAAAAAAGAGGGAGAACUUUUGUAUAUAUUUAAGCCAUAAACACCAGCUACAGAGAAUUUUGGAUAGUAUUUAAGGAUACUGCAAGAGAUCGUGAUUCUUAAUGCUAUAAAAUAAAUCAGAAAGUGUUUUUGUAAAAAAAGGAGGGAGAACUUUUGUAUAUAUUUAAGCCAUAAACACCAGCUACAGAGGGUUUUGGAUGCUAUUUAAGGAUUCCGUACAUAGUAGUCAACUACUGGUUUUCUGGCUGAAUUUAAUCUUAACAUUUUGUACGACUAGAUAAAGUCUUGUUUCUUUUUUUCUUUGUGACACUGUACACUUGCCUGUAGUUUAUCAUUGCUUUUCAUGUAUUCACCAACUCAUCAUUAAUGCUAGAUGCAGCAUUUAUUGCUUCUCUUCAGCGAUAGGAUUGAAAUACUGGACAUCAAGGAGAAAGAUGUGGACUUACCUAUUACCUACCAUCUGCUAUGAUCAGUCUUACAUAGUUUUACCUAUGCAACUCUGAUGAUGCCUUAAGAGGCUACCUAAAACAGAGGCUAGACAGUGUUAAAGGAAUAAAGUAGGUAUUUAUAGAAAGGCCUUCAAAGGAUACACCUUGGGCAGUACAAGAGCCUGGCUGUGGCUCCACCCAAGAUGGAUGACAGGUCACAUGCUUUCACACUUUUCUAAGUUUUGGUCCAUUUACAUACUGGGGUUAAUUGUCCAAUUACAGCUUCAGGUUAUGAAGUCCCGUGCUCUCAGAUUGCUCUCCUCAGUUCACUGUUGUUUAUGCUUUUUGGGCCUGAAGCUGCAAUGGUGUCCUUGGUUCUCAGGCUGGAAAAGGAUUGUUUUGUGUAAUGAAACUGUGAAGAGAACUUGCUAACAAUUUAUAUGAAGUUCAGAGUUAUAUACUAAUGCAGUACAGAAUCUGGAAAAUAUGAAAGGUAAAGCUUAAGGCAUCUCUAAUACAAACUGUUAAUUAGUCAAAGUAUGUAAAACGACAUAGGAUAAAUUUUGUAUGUAGUAUGAAAAUUGUAGUGUUACCAUUAAACCACUUAGACAAAAUCCUUCUCUUGGUUUUGUGUGAGAAAUAAAAUCACUCAGGUUUUCUGGUUGUGUAUGUUUUGGUUUAAAGAGAAAUACUAAUAAAUUAUGUAUUUUACUGUAUUUUUAAUACAUUUUAUAUGUUUUUACAUAUAUAUGUAUAUCCAAGCAAUUCUCUGCCUGACCCUGUUAAGCUUCAGGAGUUGUUCAGCCUGAGCCAAAGCUCCCAGCUGUUCACCCUUAUUACUGUGUGCAGCCUAUCUGAUACAUUGGAGUUCUGUGUGGUAUAUUCAGAAUCUGCAGAAUGAAAGCUUUGAUUUUAAAUUAAAAAACACCCACAAGAACAAAACACAGGCUGUAGAGUUCACGGUAAUAAAGAUGGGCUCAGGAGCAUAGCUCAUCAAAGCAGAACUCACUACCCUCACUGUCAUCAUAAGCAUGGUAACUCUAAAUGCAAAUAUUUAUUUUUGUUCUGGGCUUUACUAAUUAAGUUGGAUCAUUCUAGGUGAUGCAGUACAGAAGAGCUCUAGAAAAAAUGAUUAAAAUUUUCUAUUGUGAGUUUUUAAAGAAAAUGUAAUGCAAAAGAAAAAGUGAAUUGUAAUUGUGGAAAGAAAAAACAACACAAAAAUACAUUUAAAAAGAUCAUGAAACAACAAGAGAAAUAAAGGGCAGCAGCAACACACAACUUCUACCCUAUCUUCCAUAAGUUUUCACUUUGAGUCCAGGAAAGAACACCUGUCCAUUACCUGCUAUUUUAUAAGAACUGUAUAAGUAAUAUAUGAAGCUGUACUCUUAAGACAGAAGAUCCAACUUUUAAGCAGAUACUUAAAUUUUAUGCUCAUUGCUGCUUGGCUUUUUGCAGCAGUUCCUCCCAGAGAAAGACACUGAAACUUCAUCAUUUAUGAAAUAGUGCAGGUACUGUUCACAUGAACAGCCAUGAAAACAAGCUGUAGCUUUCAGGAGUUUGCUAUGUGCCCUCGUGGCUCAUUUUUAAUCUAUGGCAGACUUACAAAGUGAGAGUUGGCUAAAUCUACAAAUUACAUCAGGGUUUUUUUAGUUUUGUUUUUGUUGUUUGGGGUUUUUUUUUUUAAUGUAGCAAUUUGUAAUGACCAAAAGUGACCCAGACUUUGAUGCAGAUUGGGCCUUGUGUAAGAAAUUCUAUCACUCUAAAUGCACACUGUGUUGCUGUGCUACAGGUAAUGGCAGAUUUCCAUCCUGGCAGGUCCCACGUUGACAUUUUCAUUCAGAAACAGAAGAGGUUUCUAUUUACUUCAAAACACCUUGAAAACUGUUUAAGAACAGAGAACCCCAACAGCUAGCCCUGAACACUUCUGAGUGCUUUGGCACCCUGCUUACAGUCUGGAACACACUAAAGAAGCAGAAUCAUUAAAUGCUUAUGGUUUGUGCUUUUCAA